GGAUCCGUCCCUCCCUUCCUUGCAGAGAGCGAUCGGACAGAUCCGUACUUCACAAUUAAAAGGUAUCUUCCAAAGGUUUGAACUCUGACAAGGCCCAGGCCAAUCACUCUUCGGGAGAGGACGUAUCGGUGGCGUAAGAUUGUCAACAGAUGGUCUAGACUUACCUGAAUCUCACCUCGUUGCUCAAAGCAUUCGAGGUUUAUUUUCACCGCCUCGAAACUGACCGGCGGUGUGUGUCAACAUGGCGGUGCUGGACCAAUACUUGUGGCUCGUGGUAGUAGGAGCCAUUGUGGCGUUUGGGUUUGGUUGGGGUACUGGAGCUAAUGACGUUGCCAAUGCUUUCGGUACAUCUGUCGGAAGCAAAACUCUCACGCUUCGGCAGGCAGUUAUUAUUGCGUCCAUCUUUGAGUUCGCAGGUGCUUUGCUGCUAGGGCGUGUUUCGACAAACACUAUUGCCUCGGGUAUAGCAAAUAUCUCAUCAUUCAGCAGAGAUCCUGAAGUUUAUGCCUAUGGAAUGGUCUGCGCCCUUGGAGUCAGCACGGUCUGGUUGAUCCUCACUUCUUACUGGGGCUUGAAUGUGUCGUCUACCCACUCAAUCAUCGGUGGAAUCAUCGGAUUUGCUUUAGUUUGGGAAGGCAAAGACGCGAUCGUGUGGGCCGAGAGGGACCCAGGCAGCUUUCCGCCUUACAAGGGAGUGAUCGCCAUCGUCUUGUCUUGGUUCGUAUCUCCAGUACUGAGUGGGUUCACGGCAGCCCUCAUCUUCUUCAUCGUUCGGACCCUCGUACUCCGCAGGCGCAAUGCCUACAUUCUGGCUUUCUGGACUCUGCCACCAUUCGUCCUCAUCACCACCUUCAUCAACAUGUACUUCGUCUUCACUAAGGGUGCCAAGAAGACUCUCUCCAAGAGCAGCGACUGGACCGAUGCCAAAGCCGCCUGGAUUGCAGCUAUCAUGGCUGUAGGUGUCACAUUGACGUGCAUUUUCGUCGCUCUGCCCCUCCUCAAGAAGAUGGCCGGCCGACACUUUGAUGCUGAUGGAAACCGCAUACUCCCCGACGUUCCACUUCAGCGCAAUGAUUCCACCAAAGCAACCGAGCUCAGCACCUGGCAGAAAAUCGGGAAAGCUGCAACUCACGGUAUGGAUGUGGACAUCCACAUCGUGGUGAAGACCGAUGAGAAGAUCGGAGACAUGCACGAGGCAGCAGAGCGGUUCGAGCCCAGAGUGGAGUACGCUUUCAGCUACCUGCAAGUGUUCUCUGCAAUCUGUGUCAUCUUUGCUCAUGGUGCCGGUGAGGUCGGAUACAUGGCAGGUCCCUUGGCAACGAUAUGGGAUGUGUAUCAGAAGGGCCAACUCUCCAAGAGUGUCACUCCUCCUGUAUGGAUCGUGCUCCUCGGUGCCAUUGGUCUCGUUAUCGGGUUGGCCACUUACGGAUACAAUGUCACGCAAGCCAUGGGUGUCAAGCUCGCCAAGCUCACUCCCACAAGAGGAUUCGCUGCAGAGCUCGCCACGGCCUUCGUGAUCAUGAUCGCCUCGCAGUAUGGUCUGCCCACAUCCUCCAGCCAAUGCAUCACCGGAGCUAUCAUCGGUGUCGGGCUUCUGGAGGGAGCCAAAGGAGUGAACUGGACGCAGUUCUUGAAGCAGUUUGCCUCGUGGGUGUCCACUCUCCUGGUCAUCGGACUGGCUGUGGCUGCCGUGUUCUCGCAGGGUAUCUACGCCCCGAGCAAAAUUCAAGGCAAGGAGGUGACUAUGUAUGAAGAUCGCGUCACCAACCUCACCACCCAAGUCUACCAAGACUUCAACAUCAGCCUCCAGAGCUUCAAGGCCAACAGCGACGCCUUGGCUCUCGCCAAUCUCACACCCGCCACUUGGGACCAGCUGAACGCCACUGUCAAUGAUGCUUACAUCAAAGCCAAGAAUUUGGUGAACCCCAAGAAAUCUCAGACCACUGACGCAGAUCAAAUCUUGGGAUCUUUGUACAAAUCACUGGCUCUCGUUCAGAACUACACAGUUUUUACACUGGGACAGAGCUCCGUGUAUCCGGGUGCUCAAAUCUGCAUGGACCCGGCGGCUUCCAACACUACAAACUUCGCCUGUGAAGCACCCAAGCUACUCCCCAAAGCCUUAGCUUGAUCAGAUCAUUUCACGCUCACACAUUCACAUUCACAUUCAGCGAACAUUUAGGACACGGCCCUCCGCCGUUGAUUCCUCACCAAUUUGAGAUUCUCAUCAGAAACAAAUUGCGUCGGAUCUUAUCGAAGGAAACAUCAGUAAGCUUUCACCGGCACAUGACAGUACAGUACACAACAGUUGACAUCUCUGAACCAGCUGCAGCUGCAGCUGCAGGUUGGAAUUCUUGUGGAAGGAGCCACAAGACCCCCGACUAUCUGUCAGCACUUGUGUCGACUGCGGGGCAAUUUGUGAACCCCCUUCCGAUACAGACCCGAAGCUCGAUGGUCGACGUCGAGUUUAUUCUGAACUAAAUUGGUGUACACAGGCUACGAGCUCUUGAUCAGCAUACGAAGAGUGGAAUGGACAGUGGACAUCGACAAGAGAACUGGUUCUUCAAGCCUGAGAGGACUACGAUUUUCUACCAGUCGAAUUCCGUCUUAUCUAACCUUCAGCAUUUGUGCACGCCCUGUAUGAGAUUCAGUUCUCUCAGUGAUUAAUACCCUUCCGGUAUAGCCAAACAUCAUAGGAUUUAAUUGAAGUGGGAAUAUUUGUCAACUCCCACCAGAGAAUAGAAGUAGAAUCAAUUCUUUUCACCACGGGCCCACUAGCAAUCUUGUACAUUGCCCAGAAAUAACGGAUUAUACACAUGUACACUUGUG